CAAAAUAAAAUAUGCAGGUGAAAUGAUAUUUAUUUUUACAACAGGCUACCUAGCUUAUUUUGGAAUUUUUCAUAACAAAGAUUGAAAAUGUUUUAAAUUGAAAUAAAAUAACAUUUGUGUGAAAUAAAAACAAACGAUUCAGUUAAUAUUUACUGUGAACGACAAUUUUGAAGGAAUUUGCAACGAACUAACACGAAUUUGAUGAAAACAUUGUCUCAUAUAGUUUGCUUGAACUUUGACACAAAACGAUCAUCUUGCCCCCACCAGUGAACUAAACUUUCACUUUCGAACAUAAGUAAGUUAUUUUGGCCAAGUUAAUCUGUCGAAAUACCGCUGCGAGCAACAAGCACUCCAAAAAGAGGUGCUUGAAACAACGUAAGAUGGCAACGAAACGUCGGCCAAUACGACCCCAACCUAAUAUGAAUUUCCGGCCGGGUGGUCCGGAAGUUCUGAGAUCCGAAGCAAAAGGAACACGACCCACAGCAGCACCAACUAGUAUACGCGAGAUCUUUGUUAUGAUGAUUAUGCAUGUUUGCAAGAAGACCAUAUUCUUCGAUACGAAUUUAAAGGUUGCCCUCUAUCUGGGCAGUCUGUUUUUAGUUUCAUUGAUAGGAGACUUUAUACCAUUUCCCAAAACAUAUUUUGCCCGUUCGGAUAAUUUGUUUAAUGUAUACUUUGUAAAAGUCGGCUGGGGUUGGACUCUAUUGUUUACUGUGCCAUUUUUGUUUAUGACAUCGUAUACUCUAUGCUGCGGUGAUAUGAAGAAAUUAUUGCGUCAUCACGCUCCACGCAUCGUCAUAGCCACAUUCUUUUGGUUCUUCUGGACAAAGUUGUUUAAUAUUAUCGAAACAUCGUAUGGAAGGUGUACUGUGCGAAGUUUCCAAACUAAAUCCAGCUGCCUCAAAGCGGGGCAUUUAUGGAGUGGUUUCGAUAUAUCUGGCCACGCAUUCAUAUUAAUACACUCCAGCCUGGUGCUGAUUGAAGAAGCUAGACCAAUUGUAAAGUGGGAAUCAAUUAAGGAACAUCUACGUAACGAGAUACACGAUCGCUCAAUAUCCGAACAAUCCAGUACAAAUCCGUUGCGUAAUCUAAGUGAAGAACAAAUGAAAAAUUUGAAAUUUCUUUAUGAACGAUUGACACCUGUAAUUCGUUUGCUUUUCAUUGGCAUGUCAGCGUUGCAAUUGCUUUGGGAUGUUAUGUUGGUGGGCACCAUGCUGUAUUAUCAUCGCAUGAUCGAGAAGUUCAUUAGCGGCAUUAUUGCCAUAUUUACAUGGUAUUUUACAUAUCGUUUUUGGUAUCGUUCGUCUGCUGUAUUACCCGAUCCAGCUGGAAGUGGCGAUUUCUUUUAUCAACGUGAAAAUAAAGACGCAUUUGUUUUUAAGCGCACAAACAGUGUGACUAAGGCAACAACCAGCAGCGGCGUACGAAGUGGAAAUGGUAGUAACACGACUAGUCCCAAUCAAAUUCCCAAAUUCAUGGGAAUGCCUCUGUACACAAGUCCGAAGACAGGAACUUACAAUACUCAAAUUUCGAAUUCAAACAAUGAUACAAUGUAAUUGUAUGUUAAAAUGGUGCUAGAUGAUUUUUUGAUACCAAACUUAUUUAUAAAAAAUGUAAUAAAGUUAAAAGUUUAUCUAUUUUUUAUCUCUCAUAUGAUAAACAUUGGAUACAUCUUAAUCAUGACAUACAUUUGUGACUGCUGUGGGAUGUGCCUUAUCUGGGUGGCAAAAACAAAUUUAGUGCAAUACUUGAAUGUGUAGUUAUCAUUGUAAUUGUUAUUGUAUUUUUAAUUUUAGUUUAUUUUAUAUUAUUUUCCAUACAUUUUCAUUUUCUACCCUUGUUUUAAUUGUCUAGCUUUCGUUAAAGUUCUUGUGUAGGAUGGUUUAUUUAUGGUUUUAAUUAAAUCACGUUUAAAUGUGUUUCAAUUUUAUUAAUAA